AUGUUAACCACACCUUUAAAAUGUUUCCGUCAUACUUCUGUUGUUGGCCACUGAUUAAAACACAAAGUUACAGACGUGCUGGCAGAAUGCUGUGAGGUGAGUUCUGAAAUUAUAUUAUAUUGAAAGUACUAGACAAAAAAUUGGUACUAUGUAGGUUUAACCUACCGGUAUUCUUCCUCCCUGGCAGGAUGACAUGUUGCAAAAAACUGACAACAAUGGUAACUCGUAGAUAUGUCCUGCUGCUCCUUGUUUUAGUGACAUGCAUCUGUGUGAUGGUCCUCUAUUACCACGGGGACAUGUCAACAGCAAGGAGUAUGGUCCAGGAGCAGGAGCUGAGGAAGACGAAACUAAGAGAUGCAUGCAGAGAAGACAUAGAGGCCUUUGCCAAAGAUAAGACAAGCUCGGACAAACGCAUCAAAGAAAUGCUAAGCCAACUCCUUGUGGAUGAUGAACACGGCGUCAUUUACUGCUUCGUACCAAAGGUGGCGUGCACCAAUUGGAAGAGGUUCAUGCAUUCACUAAAACAUGGCGAGCCCUAUCCUGAUCUCAUGAGCAUAUCUCCCGGAAUGGCCCACAAUCCAAAGGGUCUGCCAAGUCUUGCCAACUUCCCUAAAGUCGAGAUGGAGGCCAAGUUGAAGCACUACACCAAGUUCAUGUUUGUCCGUGAACCCUUUGUGCGCCUCAUCUCAGCCUUUCGGGACAAAUUACAGAGCUUCAAUCAGUACUAUUACAAAGGUUUAGGCCGACUCCUUCUGAGGCGCUAUGGCAACCAGUCUGACCCCCCAAUGAAUGUGAAGGAGGCGUUUGCGUCAGGCAUCAAGCCCACCUUCUACAACUUUAUCCAGUACCUUCUGGACCCGAAGUCAAUCAAUCCUGUGAAUGACUACCACUGGAAGCAGAUGCACCGCCUGUGUCAACCCUGCUUAAUUGAGUACGACUUUAUCGGACAUCAGGAGACGCUUCAGGAAGAUACCCUGCAACUGCUAAUGUCCUUGAACCUGCAGGAGUUCAUGAAGUUUCCACCGGCCUACCAAAAUGUGACGUACCGUGCGUCAUUGUCCGAGUGGUUUAAAGCAGUGCCCCUCGAGGACAGGAGGAAGCUUUACAAGCUCUACGAGAAGGACUACACGUUGUUUGGCUACGAAGCACCUCACUUUUUACUCAACGACACACAAUAGAGGCAGAACCCUCUUUUAGAACAUGGAACACAGUCUUCCACCAAAAUGUAAUAAUCCUAAUUAGUUUUUUUUACACUUUCAUAAAUGAUUUACGAAUAUGUUUAAACUAGCACUUUUUAACCGGAAUAAUCAAGUAUUUGGCCACCUGCAUUGACUCACAUAUGAACUUCAAGUGCCAUCCCAUUCCUAACCCAUAGGGGUCAAUAUGAUGUUGAUCCACCUUUUGCAGCUAUUACAGCUUCAACUCUUCUGGGAAGGCUGUCUACAAGGUUGCGGAGUGUGUUUAUAGGAAUUUUCAACAAUUUUUCCAAAAGCGCAUUGGUGAGGUCACACACUGAUGUUGGUCUAGAAGGCCUGUCUCUCAGUCUCUGUUCUAAUUCAUCCCAAAGGUGUUCUAUCAGGUUCAGGUCAGGACUCUGUGCAGGCCAGUCAAGUUCAUACACACCGGACUCUGUCAUCCAUGUCUUUAUGGACCUUGCUUUGU